CUGUCAUCAUGCAUCUCUUGCAUUCUGCGAUUGCUGUCGCCUCCCUGGCCCUGCUUGCCAACGGACAGAACUCCUCCUACAAUAUCAAUGUCAAUGACAUUCCAAUCGAUACGAGAAGUAUGUCGUCACCUAGCUAACAAUGAGGACUAUGCGAUUGCCCGCGAUACUGAUCAAAACACUGUAUUAUGUCUGUGACUGCAGUAAUGGCCUAAGUCCGAAUUCUUCGCAAUAUUCCCAGACGAUCCCGUACUUCUUGUGCACAGAAGAAAACAAUGAGUGUGUCACCAACUGCAACGGCAAUUCAAUCUGCCAAUCGGAUUGCCGCAGCCAGCACCCUUGUGGUGCGCAGGACCCCAAGCGGGUGAAUACCACUUCGACAUCAAACUCAACUCCAGCUGCUACUGCUGCUUCCACCACAACCUCACUGGCACCCUUCACUGGUGUGCCCGAUGAGGGCGCAGCAGCACGAUCAUCAACAGACAUGAUUCAGCUUUACGGUCUGGUGACUGUUGUGGGUGCAUUCCUGGCCGGAUUCACGACCUUGAUCUAGAUUCAACCCGCGCUACAGGGUCCCUGAUACAGCCGCCGCCCUCGCCCCCGCCCGUCGCACUUCUGAUAAUGUGUGGGAAUCCAUUUGGCAUCUUAGCGUAAUAUCUUAAUAUCUGUCAGCUUUUGAUUCUUGUCGGAUAUCGGCUACUGCUUUUGCUUUGGUUCUUUGCUCAGUUCACGAUGCAGCGGUUUCUUUCUUUCUCUUGUGUAAUGGUUGUGCUACCGUUUAUGAGCUAUCCUCUUCCAUGAUAAAACAAUGAUGACCAUUUAUUUCUGAUCCAGUCAAAUCCAGCGCAGAUUAGAAAUCAUACUUCAG